AUGGUCUUGUUCCAGAACACCAUCAUCUAUAAUCCUUUCUUGCCGCCCAAUUCGCGCAGUAUGACAAUCGACGAGGUCUCCCGUGGCUGUGGGCGAGUGCAGUGGAGAGAGGAGAGGAUCAAGUCGCUGGAUGGUACGGAGAUUGCAUUGUGUGUAGCAGAUGUGCCACCAUUCUCUAAACAGAGUGCAAACGAGACAAAAACUCCUGUCUACGUUCUCUACUUUCAAGGAAAUGGAUCUUCGUUACCACCCAGGCUACCAGAUCUUUCUUGGAUCAUACGUCGAGCUCAUGAGAAUGAGAUAUCGAUCAGCUAUACCAUGGUUUGCCUGAGUUAUCGAGGCUACUGGACAUCCCACGACCGUCCAUCAGAGCCAGGAAUUGACCUUGAUUCGCAGGCGGCAUUACGUUGGAUAGCUCAGUUGCAUGAAAGCAGGUCUGAGGAGACCGAUCAAGAAAAGCCAACUGUUCUGCUUUGGGGACAAAGUAUUGGCUGUGGUUUUGCAACUAACCUAGCUGCCAAAGGACAAUAUCCUCCUGGCAUCACAGUGGACGGCCUUAUCUUGGAAACACCCUUUACAAACGUUCGGGCUAUGCUACAAGCGUUAUACCCUCAAAAGUGGCUUCCGUACCAGUAUCUCUGGCCAUUUCUCUGGAACCACCUAGACAGCUGGGCGAAUCUCGGCAUGAUAGCCAAGAGGUUUCCAGAGACGCCACCUGGAGUAUACAUAGUAGAAGCAGGAAAGGAUGAGCUUGUGCCUGCCAAUCAUGGCGACGAGCUGCUUCAGCGAUGCCAACAAGUUGGUCUCCCGGUGGAGCGACAAAAGGUACGCGGGGCACUUCACAACGAAGCCAUGGUGAGAGUAGCGGGCAAACAAGCACUUGCACACUCCAUCUCAACGGCUGUAACACGGGCACGGCAAUGUGACUUGUUAAGAAAAGGAGAGACUCUGAACAAUGCAGGGAAAGGAUUGACUUGA